GCUAAGGAAGGUAAUGACUCAGAAAUGGGGAUCUGAUUCAUACUUAAACGGUUAUAUCUAACUACAGUGUUUUUAAUCAACGUUAAAAAGCCCUAUUAAUGUAGAAAAUACGCUAAAUGGGUUAUUUCUGUACUAUUGGAUGUUUAUACGACUUUAAGUCAGAGCUUUAUAAGUGCUCUUGAACGCGUCCUAGUUCCCUUGCUGGUCAGUCACUCCUCUGCUGUAAACAGACCGUGUGUAAAGGGACUAGACUCCGGCUGGAUCCGACCAGAACCUGGACUGAAAACCACGAACAACGAUGCACUGAGAGAGCAUCAUCAGACAACCAGGAGGGACCACCACAGACACUGCAUUUCCGUCAAAGUCAGAUAACAAGGUCCUCUCCCUGUGCACGAUGACCACCCUGGAGGACGCUGACAUGAACACCUUCGGCCCGGAGCUCCCAGCCAUGUUUGAUGGCAUGAAGCUGGCAGCGGUGGCGACGGUCCUGUACAUCAUCGUGCGCUGUCUGAACCUGAAGAGCACCGCCUCGCCUCCUGACGUCACCUGCCAGGAGACACCCCUCAGCCGCUACCUGUUCAAAACCUGCCCCAUGCUGACCAAAGAAUACAUUCCUCCCCUGCUGUGGGGAAAGAGCGGACACCUCCAGACGGCCCUGUACGGCAAGAUGGGACGAAUCAACACUCCUAAGCCAUGUGGAGUCCGCAAGUUCCUCCCGAUGCAGGACGGGGCCACAGCGAGCUUUGACCUCUUCGAAGCUCGUGCGGAGCACAGCACAGGAGAUGACAUUACCAUGGUAAUCUGUCCUGGGAUCGGUAACCAUAGCGAGAAGAACUACAUCCGGACAUUUGUGGAUUACUCCCAGCGGCAGGGAUACCGCUGCGCCGUCCUUAACCACCUGGGAGCCCUGCCCGACAUGGAGCUCACCUCGCCACGCAUGUUCACCUACGGUUGUACGUGGGAGUAUGCGGCCAUGGUGGGCUACAUCAAAAAGGCGUUUCCUCAGACGCUGCUGGUGGUGGUGGGCUUCAGUCUGGGGGGGAACAUCGUCUGUAAGUUCCUGGGAGAGAACCGAUCCAACCAGGACCGAGUGGCCUGCUGCAUCACUGUCUGCCAGGGCUACAGCGCCCUCAGGGCCCAGGAGACAUUCCUUCAGUGGGAUCAGUGCAGGAGGCUCUACAAUUUCGUGUUGGCCGACAACAUGAAGAAGCUCAUCCUGAACCACAGGAGCACUUUGCUCAGACUGAAAUCCAGCAACAUUGGCGAUGCGGACCUGGGCCUACUGUACGCAGCCACGUCUCUGAUGCAGAUCGAUGACAGCAUCAUGAGGAAAUUCCACGGCUACAGCUCCUUGAAGGAGUACUACGAGAAAGAGAGCUGUGUGCACUACAUGCACAAAGUCACUGUGCCUCUGCUCCUGGUAAACUCCUCAGACGACCCCCUCAUUCAUCAGUCUCUGCUGGAUAUUCCUCGCACACUCGCAGAAAAGAUGCCCAACGUGAUAUUUGCCCUCACUGAGCACGGAGGCCACCUGGGCUUCUUUGAGGGCGCCGUACUCUUCCCUCAGCCGCUCACCUGGAUGGACAAAGUGAUCGUGGAGUACACCAACGCCAUCUGCCACUGGGAGAAGAACCUGCCGGCCUGCCAGCGGAGCAGCAACCGGGACUCUAACGCCUGCCUGCAGAGCACAGGGGAGACACUCAGCGGGUAACACACAGGAGAUACAACACAAGACCAAAAUCAUGCAAACUCUCCUGUAUUCGCUCUAACUUCAGUACUAAUGGGAAAUGUAGGAAGUCACUAAAUGGAUUAGAAGAGUUGAAGUGGAAAGGGUAAACGGAAACUCGCAUAAGAUACCUGCAAAUGUAACACGACCCCGGGGAUGAAUUAGUCCUUCCUCUUGUUCCCAGUUAACCCCCGUUGUAACACGAGUUCCCCCUGUGCUGGUUUUUUGGCAGCUGCUGCUCCUUGAGGGUGAUAUAAUUAGUGAGGGGAAACACACUGCAACCAGAGGGUGAAAAUGACCUUUAACCUUCAUGUAGAACGAAGAGAAAUAUGUGUUAAUACAUGAAUAACUACUGAAACCGUUCCUAGAUGCAAAAUUAUUCAUAAGCUAGCACAACUAGAAUGAAUAAUAUCGUUUUUUAAAACUGGAAAUGGAUCUUAGACUGAAGCCUUAAACCCUUUAAUAUACUUGUUUGUAAAAAGCCUUCCAAAAGCUGUAGAGUUCACAACCUUCUUCUAAGUGCCUUAAUAUAAAUGUGACUCUGCACCAGGCUUCUGGCUUCUCAUGAAUCAUUGAGCUACCUCCGUUAAGCAGAAGUAUGACGUGAUUUAUUGUUUACAGUGGUGAUCUCCAGCUGUUGCUCAACAAAACAUCUGUCGCAUUUAUAGUCAAACUGUAAUUUCCUGUAUACUGCGAUCAUCUCUUUUGUCUCCAUUCUGAAGGGUUUGCUUUUUUUAAUGCUGGACUAUAUCAAAUAACACCCAUUUGGUUAAUAUAUAUAUGUACUUUGUCUCAAUUUGACAACCGUUUUUUGCAUUUCCAUUGUGUGCAGUGGACCAUCAGCUGGCCUUGUUGCGGCUGACCUUCAAAAUAAAAGAAUCAGGGUGUCAGGGUUUUUAAAAGAGCUUAAAAAAAGUCAUAUUUAAGUUUUUUUUUCCUGUUUUGUUUAAUGAAAAUGUGGGCCCUUAUACAAACUAGCGUUUUGAUUGUACUCCACACGUUGUAUGGCUCCAUGUCCGCUUGACCCAUUCCAUGAACUGCUGUAAAAGCACGAGGAUGGCCCGACUGUAUUACUUCCUAAAUGCUGCUUAGUAAAGGUCCUUUUAAAGAAUUUAGGACACCUGUUACUGAAAUUCUUCAUGACUGUUCUGGACAGAGCUAGGUCAACCUGUGUGUACCAACGCAGUGGACAGAAAUAAGCAAAGAGUGAGCAAAUGGGACAGAAACAGUAAGCGUAUUAAAUCAGAAAUCCAAGUGGACUUUCCCUUUAUGCACUUACCAAACAAAAUGGACCAAAGCACUCUUCACUUUUCUAGAAAAAGCAGCUCAACUUUGUACUUUUUUUGAUGCAUUUUAAGCACAUGUGGUUUCCUUAAAACAAAGUGUCUUUGGCUCAAAAACAAUGGAGGUCUCAUAUUAGACGUUACGUUGAACAAGGGCUAAUUUAUACGUUACAUAAGUGACUGAGGUUUUCCGGGUUGGUUUUAAGCUGCUUAUUGCUACUUAACACAUGGGUGGAGUUAGCCGAAGGACAUAAAUCAAGUUUUGGUUGCAUUUUAUCUCAGAAAACACAUGAAAACUAUCACACAGAAAUCACCUAUUGUAUGUCUUGUGAUUCACAAUAUUUCAAUGUUAAAAAUACUGGAAAAGGUCUCAAACGUGGACAAAAUGGGAGGGGAUUUCAUGGAAGAAAUCGUCUGUUUUUGGUUGUUUAUUCUGGUCCUUUGGUGUGCAUAUUUGAUGUUAGUCACAGUUUCCUGUUAGUAACAUCCUGUCGCACACUGUGAACAAAUGCAGCGAGCUCCACCCAAAUGAAUGCAUGUCUUAUUAAUCAACAUAUAAAUCAUCAGACUAAAAACAACUGUAAUUCUUUCUGUCCUUUUUUAAAACUGAAUAUAAUCUGCAGCAGCGCCACUAUUGUGUAUAUGUGCAAUAUAUGUCCCGAACCUUUUUUGCUUGCACUUUACUGUCUUUACAGUUCCUAUUUUUGUAUUGUGGCACUAUAGUAUGAUUCAGCAGAUGGGUGUAAGGUUUAUAAUCUAAUCUUAAAGUGUUUCGUUCUAAUUUUCUGCACAGACAUGACGCGUUAGUCAUAUUUGUAAUAACACCCAUUAAUAAAUAUUUUUCACAAAGA